GUUUUGGCAGCUCUAAUUCGUACCGUAUACAGAAUAUUAUAUUGGUAAAAAAAAGUCUCGGUUAGAUGGUGCUCCUCAGGCCUGUGGAGGACUACUUGUAGCAUUAUCCUUUAGCAGAGGUCUCAGCCAACGCCCAGCCAUGUCCACUUCGAACGGGGGCGUGGCAGCGGGCGGCGCAGGAAGCAGCGGCGGAGGAAGCGUCGCUUCCCCUGGCGAUUGGAUUUGCCCAGAUUACGACUGUCGCCAUCUGAACUUCGCCCGCCGAUUGCAGUGCAAUAAAUGCGACCGCGACCGCGAUGGCAGUGAUAAGCCGGAGCGGGAUAGGGAUAGGGAUCGAGAUCGGGGCAAUGGCAGCAGCAGCAGUAGCAGCAGCUCCAGCAAGAAGAAGCUGGGCACGGAGAUCGGCAAGGCGGCGGCCGACAAGUCGCGGGGCCUGUUCAGCGCCGAGGAUUGGCAGUGCAGCAAGUGCGCCAAUGUGAACUGGGCUCGUCGCCAAACCUGCAACAUGUGCAACGCUCCCAAGUUCUCGGACGUGGAGGAGCGUACUGGAUUCGGCGGUGGUUACAACGAUCGCGGCGUGGUGGAGUACAAGGACCGCCAAGAUUCGGACAGCGAGUACGAUGAGUUUGGGCGUCGCAAGAAGCGAAAGCACGGCGAGCACCGAGAAGACUCCAAGCGGGCCAGGAGGUCCAGUCGAGAUGAGCCGCGAAGGGAGGAGGAAGACGAUGAGGACGAUGACGAUGGAGACGACGAGGAUCUGUCAAAGUACGAUCUCUGGGGCGACGAGGAGGUCACAUCCACGGAUGCCAAGAGCAAAGGGGCCAUGGGCAAUGGCGACAAGGAGCGCAAGCGUACUUCUCGCGACUCUACAUCUUCCGUGUCCUCCUCGUCGUCGUCUAGUUCGUCCAGCUCCAGUGACUCGUCGUCGAGCAGCUCGAGUAGCUCCAGCAGCGGCGGCAAGCGAAAACACGGCUCGCCCCGCAGACGUUAGCUGCGAACCGUACCCUUUAAGAACUUCCCUCUAAUUGCAUCUGUUUUCACACAUUUCUAAAAGGCAAUCAUUCUUGCCUGAUUAUUUAUUUGCCAGUCUGCGCUCAGAUGAUCAUGACACGUGGUACGCUGUCCAGUCUACUCUAAAAGUAUAAUAAAACGUAUAAUUUAAGAACA